AUGUUAUCAAGAGCAGCGACAUUCAACGGUUACGCAAAUGGCUUCCGAAGGAAUUUACGUUCAGUGAAGUGCUUAGCAUUAUUCGGUGUCAAAUAUGGCAAUAGUUAUGGUCAGAAUACGAUCAGUCGGAGGUUCCUGUUUUUGGGUGGAAAGUCCUUAUUGCAAUCGAAUCGCACGUCAACGUCAACGGCAACGAACGUCAAAAAAGAAAAAUACCAACGAAUUUCGCCAUUAAAACAUGUGCUGCUAAGACCUGACACUUACGUGGGUUCCACACUGCCCUCAGAAACUCAGAAUAUAUAUUUAUAUGAUGCGGAAUUGAAGAGAAUGUGCAAACGUGAAUUGAGCUAUGUUCCGGCACUGAUUAAGAUAUUUGAUGAGGUUCUAGUGAAUGCAGCCGAUAAUAAACAACGCGAUCCGACAAUGACCUCGAUUCGAGUGAAUAUCGAUAAAGAUCGUAAUGAAGUGUCGGUCUGGAAUGAUGGUGAAGGUAUUCCGGUGGAGAUACACUCAGAGGAGGGUGUUUACAUACCAUCGCUUAUAUUUGGUACCUUGCUAACGUCGUCGAAUUAUGAUGACUCUGAAAUCAAAAUUAUUGGUGGACGCAAUGGUUUUGGUGCGAAGUUGUGUAAUAUAUUCAGUAAGAAAUUUACGGUUGAAACUCGCUCAGCAGCCACGGGAAAUCACUUUGAACAGACAUGGCGCAACAAUAUGAGUGAAUGUGAUACGGCAAUAGUAAAGUCGAUAGUCGAAGACGGUGGAACGGAUUUUACGAAAGUAACGUUCGAGCCUGAUUUGAAGCGAUUUUCAUUGUCAGCGUUAAAUGACGCAACGAUCCAGUUAAUGCAGCGACGUGUGGUGGAUGUGGCUGGCACAUUGAAAGGCGUUGAGGUUCAUGGCUUUCGUGACUAUAUUCGUCUGUAUACGGCGUCAGAAAAUGAGGAAAGUGAUGUGGAAAUGCCUGUAAACAAUGAAAAACGUGUGGUGUUCAGUGAGGUGAACGAUAGGUGGCAAGUUGCAGUGGCAAGAAGCGAUUGCGGUUUUGAGCAGAUCAGUUUCGUGAAUAAUAUUGCAACGGUGAAGGGUGGAAGACAUGUGGACUAUGUUUGCGAUCAACUCAUCGCUCGAAUCAAACAAGAAUUAGAGACGAGAUUCGAGAAUGGCAGAAAAUCCGUACGACCAUUACAGAUCAAAAAUCGUUUAUGUGUGUUUUUGAAUUCAUUCAUCGAAAAUCCUACGUUUGAUUCACAAACAAAGGAAUAUUUGGCAUCAGCGCCGAAGACGUUCGGAUCGAAAUGUCAACUUUCGGAAGCAUUCUUCAGCGAACUAUUCACCAGAACGGAUAUUGUUGAGUGCAUAAUAGGCGACUUGAAUAAACGUGAAAUGGUAAAAGAGCAUCGUUCUCUGAACCGCUCGGCUGCGGUUGGAGGUCGCGAACUGAGCGACUUGCCUAAAUUAGAAGAUGCUGGCAAUGCUGGAACGGUGCGAUCCUCAGAGUGUACACUGAUUUUGACAGAGGGCGAUUCAGCGAAAGCUUUAGCAGUGGCAGGGUUGGCCGUAGUGGGACGAAAGAACUUCGGAGUGUUCCCAUUGCGUGGAAAACUGACGAAUGUUAGAGGAUUGAGUGAAAAAUUGUCGCUGCAAAAUGCCGAAGUGUCUGCAUUGGUUCGUAUAUUGGGAUUGCGAUUUGGCGAAGACUAUAGCAGUGACGAGAAACGGAAAGAAUUACGCUAUGGGCAUUUGAUGAUUAUGACGGAUCAGGUUGCGUUUCUGGAAUUGCUUUCGAAAAUUGAAGAAGAUAGCGGUGUCUUAACAACGGAUGAUGAAGAUGGUGCGCAUAUUCGUGGCCUAAUCAUAAAUUUUCUCCAUUCGUUUUGGCCGUCUCUAAUUCGCACAGAUUUCAUUCAUUACUUCAUGACACCAUUAUUAAAGGCACGCCGCGGCGCAGAAGUGAUACCAUUCUUCAGCAAUGCAGAAUUUGAACGAUGGAAACAAGAAAAUCUUUUGAAUGCAAAAAAAUAUUCAGUGAAAUAUUACAAAGGCUUGGGAACGUCUAGUGCCGAAGAGGCACGAGAAUAUUUCACACAGAUGCGCAAGCAUCGGAUUGAAUAUGAGUACGGUGGUCAGGAGGAUGAUGAAAAUAUUGAAAUGGCAUUUGAUAAAAAUCGCGCGGAUGACAGAAAAGCGUGGAUAAUUGCUAAAGCUUCGAAUGUAUAA